AUGACCCGGAGAGCGCCCCGCCUCGUCAGCACGACCCUCGCCGUGCUCGCCGCCACCGGCUGUGGCUGCGCCGCGCUGACGGUGCCGGCCGCCCGUCUGGACCCAUCCGUCGCGCACGCCCGGGUCCGCCUCGCGCAGCAGCAGAGACGCAGUGGCACAGUGGCCUGCGCUGCGGUUCCCUCGGCCGGCACGGCGGCGUCGCAGUCGCCCGCGCCGGAGGAGCCGCCGCCGCCGCAGCGGCGGCGGCAGGCCUACGGCGCCGAGCAGAUCACCGUGCUCGAGGGGCUCGAGCCGGUGCGGAAGCGGCCGGGCAUGUACAUCGGCUCGACGGGGUCGCGCGGGCUACACCACCUGGUCUUCGAGGUGGUGGACAACUCGGUGGACGAGGCGCUCGCCGGCUGGGCGACCGAGGUCAACGUCACCAUCCACGCCUCCGGCGCCAUCUCUGUCUCCGACGACGGGCGCGGAAUCCCUUGCGAGCUGCACGCAAAGACAGGCAAGCCGGCCCUCGAGACGGUGCUGACGGUGCUGCACGCGGGGGGCAAGUUCGGCGGCGGCGGCUCGGGCUACAAGGUCUCGGGCGGCUUGCACGGGGUCGGCGUCUCUGUCGUCAACGCACUGUCGGAGCGCUUGGACGCCGAGGUGCGAAGGGGAGGCGCCCUGCACCGCAUGGCCUUCGCGCGCGGCGCGGUCGCCGAGCCGAUGCAGCUGCAGCCGCUCGCCGCCUCCGAGGGGCGUCCGACCGGCACGAGUAUCACUUUCCUGCCCGACGUGAGCAUCUUCAAGGGCGGGCUGGCGUGGGAGGUGGACGUGCUGUCGAGGAAGCUCGACCAGCAGGCCUACCUCAACGCGGGUCUGCGCAUCUCCCUCUUCGACGAGCGGGCCGGGCCCGGCGCGGCGCCGCUCACCUUCGAGCACCGCGGCGGCAUCGGCGAGUACGUGGACCACAUCUGCGAGGGCAAGGUGCCGCUCUUCGAGGGUGGGUCGCUCGUGUGGCGCGCCGAGAAGGGCGGUGUGCAGGUCGACCUGGCGCUGCGCUGGUCGGCGGACCAGUACAGCGACAGCCUGCUCGGCUUCGCAAACGGGGUGCUGACGCCGCAAGGCGGCACGCACAUCGACGGGCUCAAGCUCGCCAUCACGCGGGUGGUCAACGCCGUCGGGCGCGAGAGCGGCAAGCUGCGCGAGAAGGCGCCCUCGCUGCCGGGUGACUUUGUGCGUGAGGGGCUGUGCGCGAUCGUCGCGGUGCGGCUGGGGGAGGCUGAGUUUGAGGGGCAGACGAAGCAGAAGCUCGGCUCGCCAGAGGUUCGGGCCAUCGUCUCGGAGGUGGCGGGCGAGCGCCUGUCCGAGUUCCUGCAGCGGCAGCCAAAGGCGCUCUCCGCGAUCAUCGACAAGGCGCAGGCGGCGCAAAAGGCGGCGGACGCCGCAAAGGCGCGAGGCCUCGCCGACGCUGCCUCACCGACCCCCCCCCCCCCCCCCCCGGCUGCCUCGCUACUCCUUGCCGCAUCCCUCACCCCUACUUCCAUACCCCCCGAAAACAGACCCCCCGCUUUGCGGCUCGCGAGCUCGUCCGGCGCAAGCGAGCCGGACGAGUCCGAGAUCUUCAUCGUGGAGGGCGACUCGGCCGGAGGCUCCGCCAAGCAGGGCCGCUCGCGCCACAGCCAGGCGAUCCUCCCGCUGCGCGGCAAGAUUCUCAACAUCGAAAAGGCGGACGACACGGCCAUGUACCAGAACGCCGAGAUCCAGGCGCUCAUCACCGCGCUGGGGCUCGGCAUCAAGGGCGACGACUUCGACCCCUCGCAGCUGCGCUACCACAAGAUCGUCCUUAUGACGGACGCCGACGUGGACGGCGCGCACAUCCGCACGCUGCUGCUCACGUUCCUCUUCCGGUACAAUCGCGCCGUGGUCGAGGACGGAUACGUCUACAUCGCGUACCCGCCGCUGUACAAGGUGCGGCACCGCUCCAAGGUGCACUACGCCUACACCGACGCCGAGCUCGCGCAGCUGAGCGAGCGGCUGGACGGCAAGAAGACGGUGCAGCGCUUCAAGGGGCUGGGAGAGAUGAUGCCGGCGGAGCUCUGGUCGACGACGAUGGACCCGUCGACCCGCCGGCUGAAGCGGGUGACGGUGGAGGACGCGGUGCAGGCGGACCGUAUAUUCUCCGUGCUUAUGGGCUCCAACAUCGGGCCGCGAAAGCAGUUCAUCAACGAUCACGCCAGUCAGCUCGACUGGGACCUCCUCGACGUGUACCGCGAUGGCAAGUGCGACGCAGCAUGCAACAUCGCCGAAUGCGCUCACGACCUCGGCGAUUGCGGCUCGGAUGAGGUGCUCGCAAAGUGCCUUCCGGAAACACUGGCGAACACCUCGCUCAAGGAUGCUCCUAAUGCCGGCAACUCGACCUCCUUCCUGGAAGUGUGCGACUUCGGAGCGGAAGAGGAGUGGCGUUGUCCCAGCGAGUAUGAGCUCAGUGCCCGGAACACCAUCUUCAAGGAGGGGCUAGCCGCGUCAGAGACGAAUAUGCGCGUCGAUGUAUCAUUUGAGAUUGACUUUGCGCAGCCGCUCCUCCUUGGCUUUCAGACUUCCGACCAGAGCCUCAUUGUGAAGGCGAGCAUGCUGUACCGCGCGCAGUGGGUCGACAGCCGCCUCGCUACCGCGCCCUGCCGCAAGGUCCUAAGCGAGGCGCUGAAGGUUGAGAGUACCUCGAACUCCGCCGAAAGAGCCGUCGCCAGUCAGCUCGGGGGCAUGCACUGGCUGCCCGCCGUCACGGUGACCGCGGGAGAGAAUGGUGGGAACACUUCGACCACCGAGGCGUCCUUCUACUACAAUGAGACGGGCGUGCCUUUUCUAGACGAGAACAAUCCCGUUACGAGUCUGGACGCAAAUUGCUCACACUGCGCCGUGCUCCGAGCCAAGGUCGUGGCGACAAUCACACACCCGGAGCUCGACUUCUCUCUCUGGCCGUUUGACCAGCACCUUGGCCGAGGACCCCCCCCAGAGACUCGUGGUCAGACCCUCCGGGCCCUUGAUUUUGCACCUCAUUUCGCAGCCUUUUUUCGAAGAAAAUCAUCCUCUGGAGCUACAUGA